UUUUUUUAAUUUCAAAAAAAAUGUCCAAAACCCUCGAUCGAAUUUCCAGCCCUUGUUGCUGUAAAAAUGAAAAACACAAACAUAAAUCAGAUGCUGAAAACUCCGAGGAAAAAAUUGGUAUCCUGAAAAAAGCAAAAAGUGUAUCAAGUAAACUUCGGAACUCUAUAAAAAACAAGGUGAAAAGGAUAAAUGAUGCUGGAGUUCAUAAAAUCGAGGAUAUUCAUGUCGAGGAGCAAAAGGCUGUUGAUGCUUUUCGAGAAACACUUGUCUUGGAUAAUCUGCUUCCUGCAAGCUUUGAUGAUUAUCAUAUAAUGUUAAGAUUUCUGAAAGCGAGGAAGUUUAACAUUGAAAAGGCAAAGGUCAUGUGGGCAAACAUGCUUCAGUGGAGGAAAGACUUUGGUGCUGAUACAAUCAUGGAGGACUUGGACUUCAAAGAGUUGAACGAGGUCCAACAAUAUUACCCGCAAGGUUAUCAUGGUGUCGACAAGGAUGGAAGGCCGGUAUACAUCGAAAGAUUGGGUAUGAUUGAUACCGACAUGCUACUCCAGGUCACGAAUAUGGACCGAUUUGUGAAAUACCAAGUACAGGAGUUUGAGAGAAGUCUCGCGUUUAGGUUUCCUGCUUGUUCUGUUGCUGCAAACAGGCACAUUGAUUCUAGUACAACAAUUUUGGAUGUUCAAGGAUUGGGAUUAAUGAGUUUGACUGGCCCUGUUAUAGAAUUUAUUAAGUUGGUUCAGAAGAUUGACAACGACAAUUAUCCUGAAACACUUUACCGGAUGUUCAUCAUCAAUGCUGGUCCUGGCUUCAGAAUGAUCUGGAACGCAGUCAAGCCUUUACUUGAUCCCGACACUACUUCAAAAAUUCAUGUACUUGGCAGCAAAUAUCAAGAAAACUUGCUUGAAGCAAUUGACGGAAGUGAGUUGCCAGAUUUUCUUGGCGGUAGCUGUUUGUGUGCAAUUGAGGGAGGCUGUUUGAGGUCCGAUAAAGGACCAUGGAAAGACCAAAAUUUAUCGAAGACGAGUAUAGAUGUAGAGGUGAGUACCGUCCAGGGAAAUACGAUCUUAGAUAGCGGGGAUUGUUAGUUUGUCUAGAUGAACGGUGAGGAAUGAAUCUGAAGCUGACAAAAUCAAGGGUGGUGUUUCUUGAACACUUGAAUAUUUCUAAGUGUCCGACGACAAGUUGUAAUAACAUAUUGGAGAUAAUGAAUCACUCACAAGUAUUGGCACUUCAAUUGGGUUGUGUCGGAAACUAGCGGAUACAAACGAAGCUUUUUAACAUCGAACGAAGCCCCGUAUGGUUUUUUCUUGAAGAUGUUUCUGUCUUCAUUUUCUUUUGCUAUGGUUAUAUUAUAUACAUUUAUGUUUGUUCAUCUUUAUAUCCUGCUUUGGCU